GUGUCAACUCGAGACAAGCUGGAGUCCUCACAGAGAGAGGAGCUUCAGUUGAGAAAAAGCCUCCAUGACAUCCAACUGCAAUGGUUCUCUGGACUAUAAAAGUGACCGGGAGGCAGAGGAAGUUCUGCUUUCAUCCUUUAUCUAGGUAAGACCGCUUCCUCUCCAGCUCAAGACCAUCCUUUCAGAAAAGCAGGAAUCCUUCUUGGCAGUGUUCACAAGUGUUACCAUGGGCUGGUCCUCCGUUCUGAAGAGUCUCCUCACAGUUUUUGUCUUUAGCACCUUAGCUGUCAUCUCUGUAGAGAGUUACAACUGUACAAAAGUUGGAUGUACCAAUGGAAAUUGUGUUGAGAAUACGGGGUUUUGUCUAACCUCUUUUAGCUGCUUCAGCCAAAUACAGAAAUUGGAAACAGCAUCUCCAGGUACAAACCUACUACUUGAGCAAAAAGGGUGUGCUACAUUUCUAAACCCAUGUGACAUGGAAUUCUCAGCAACACUGGGGAAUCAACAGAAAUUUAAAUACAAGAACCAGUGCUGCACUGGUGAUUUUUGCAACAAAGAUAACAUAAGUUUGACUCCAUUAUCUUCAGAAGUCAAUGGUGUUGAAUGUCCUGCCUGCUACAAUGAGCAAAACCAGACAUGCCCCACAACGACGACCCUAAAGUGCACAGGAGCAGAGAAUAAGUGUGUUGAGGUUACCGGUAGAGAUCCAUCUUCUAAGGUAGUUGUGUAUGGAAAAGGCUGUGCAACUGAAAGCGCCUGCACACUGAAUAUUAACAUCUUAACUUACCUACAAAUUAAGACCUCUUGCAUCCCAGCUGUUUCGAAAAGCCCUGCCCUCAAAUCCUUUGCAUCACUCCCAAUUGUUCUGUUCCUCCUAAAAAUCGUGCUUUGAUCACCCAGGCACCGGCAAUCCCCUGAAUAUAGACCCGUUGGUAUACUUGGAUGGUUAUUUCCAAAACAUGAAACAAAUAAAAACUGGUGAUGACUUCUCUGUUCUUUCUGUGAAAACUUAAGUCCAUUUUUUUUGUAAUAUCAGGAAACAUACAGAGAUGACCAUUUCUGCAUGUCCCCUCUUCUCCUUAUAUAGUUCUAGAGGUCCUAGUCAGACCAAUCAAAGCAAGUAAAGUUAAAUCUGAAAGCAAGAAUAAAGAAAAGCAAAAUAAAAAGGAAAGAAGGAGAAGAAAAUGUAUUAUAUUUGGAUUGGAAAGAAAUGUGUAAAACUACUAGAAGAAAACAUUUGUGUGUGUAUGCACAUGUGUGAGCAUGUGUGUGUGUGUGUGU